UGGUUUCUGCCCUAGUGGAUCCGGGUGGGUGCGCGCAGGUGGCCGAGGAGGGUUCCAGUUCUUCAGCGUGAGGUGCCGCAGGUGUUCGGGUUAGGUCCCGGGUCGCAGAUUGUGGGAUUAGUGAUAUGCUUUCCUAAACAGCAAAAAAAAAGUUGAAGAUGUCUAGAUACUUAAUGGCUUUGACAGUGACCACCCUUGUUGGUGUGGCCGUGGGCGGGUUUGUCCUGUGGAAAGGCAUCCGGAGGCGGAGGAGUAAAGCGAGCCUCAACGCCCAGAGCCUCGACACCCAGAGCCUCGACACCCACACCGGGCAGCAGCAGCAGCAGCCGCAGCAAGCACCCAGCAGUGGGGAGUCACCCUCCCCGGAAGAGGACCAGCGGUGUUCCAGUGCCCCCCGAGCCUGGUGGGAGGAAAGGAUCCUCGGAGCGAAGGUGGUCACGGUGUCCCAGGAGGAGGAGUGGGAUCAAAUUGAGCCCUUGCUUAGGAGUGAGUUACAAGAUUGUCCAGUGCUUGGAAUUGACUGUGAGUGGGUGAAUUUGGAAGGCAAAGCCAGUCCUCUGUCACUCCUUCAAAUGGCCUCCCCAAGUGGCUUCUGUGUCUUGGUUCGCUUGCCAAAGCUGAUCCGUGGAGGAAAACCACUACCAAAAACUUUGUUGGACAUUUUGGCAGAUGGCACUAUUUUAAAAGUUGGAGUAGGAUGUUCAGAAGACGCCAGCAAGCUCCUGCAGGACUACGGCCCCAUGGUUAAGGGGUGCCUGGACCUCCGGUACCUAGCCGUGAGGCAGAGAAACAAUUUGCUCUGUAAUGGGCUAAGCCUGAAAUCACUUGCUGAGACGGUUUUGAACUUUCCACUUGACAAGUCCCUCCUGCUUCGUUGCAGCAACUGGGAUGCCGAGAAUCUUACUGAGGACCAGGUGAUUUAUGCUGCCAGGGAUGCCCAGAUUUCAGUGGCUCUCUUUCUCCAUCUUCUUGGAUACCCUUUCUCUAGGAAUUCAACUGUAGACGAAAACGAUGACCAUGUGGGUUGGAGAAAAGUCUUGGAAAAUUGCCAGGAUAUGGUAGACAUCCCAUUCCGAAGCAAAGGACUCAGCCGACUGGGGGAAGAGGUUAAUGGGGAAGCAGCAGAAGCUCAGCAGAAGCCAAGAAAUAAGAAGUCUAAGACAGAUGGAAUGACGCCAGGCAACAACCAAGGGAAAGACCCCAGAAAGCAUAAAAGAAAGCCCCUGGGGGUGGGCUAUUCGGCCAGAAAAUCCCCUCUGUAUGAUAACUGCUUCCUCCAUGCUCCUGACGGACAGCCCCUCUGCACUUGUGACCGAAGGAAAGCUCAGUGGUACCUGGACAAAGGCAUUGGAGAGCUGGUGAGUGAGGAGCCUUUUGUGGUCAAGUUGCAGUUUGAACCCGCAGGAAGACCUGAAUCUCCAGGAGACUAUUACCUGAUGGUUAAAGAGAACCUGUGUGUAGUCUGUGGCAAGAAAGAUUCGUACAUUCGGAAGAACGUGAUUCCACACGAGUACCGGAAGCAUUUCCCCAUUGAGAUGAAAGACCACAACUCCCACGACGUGCUGCUGCUCUGUACCUCCUGCCACGCUGUCUCUAACUACUAUGACAACCACCUGAAGCAGCAGCUGGCCAGGGAAUUCCAGGCCCCCAUUGGCUCUGAGGAGGGGCUGCGCCUGCUUGAAGAUCCUGAGCGCCGGCAGGUACGGUCUGGGGCCAGGGCCCUGCUCAACGCGGAGAGCCUGCCCGCUCACCGAAAGGUGGAACUGCUGCAGGCGCUCAGAGAGUUUUACAACACAGACACAGUCACGGAAGAGAUGCUUCAGGAGGCCGCCAGCCUGGAGACAAGGAUUUCCAACGAAAACUACAUUCCUCAUGGGCUGAAGGUGGUGCAGUGCCACAGCCAGGGCGGGCUGCGCUCCCUCAUGCAGCUGGAGAGCCGCUGGCGUCAGCACUUCCUGGACUCCAUGCAGCCCAGGCACCUGCCCCAGCAGUGGUCAGUGGACCACAACCAUCAGAAGCUGCUCCGGAAAUAUGGGGAAGACCUUCCCAUCAAGCUGUCGUGAGACAUGCUCUCCUCCCAGGAUGGCUGGGAAGCUGAGCCAAGCUUUGUAAAAUCAGUAAAUAUUCUUGGGGGAGGAGAUAUUCACCCCUGGCGUCCCUGCCGUGAGGCAGAAGCAUGACACGCACACAGGUACACCACGCACAGCGUGCAUAUGGACGUGCCACGCACACGGACGUACCACACACGGUGUGCGCCACGACGUACCACGCACAGCGCAGCUUCAGCCCAUCAGCGAAGCGUCCGCAAACGGGUGUGCGUUUUGUUUGUCCGCCGCUUCGUGCCCUCUUGCCCCCAAACAGGCAUUUCUGGGCUCUGAACUAGAGAUCCUUGAAGAUGAACAAUACCAGCCUCUUCCAGGACCGUAUGUUCAGUGGGGUAGGUCAUUGUGGGCCAUGUGCUCAGUGGCUGGACCCCAUGCUCCGGAGUCCAGGGGUGAACCAUGGGGCAUGACAGGUGGUCGUUAGAGUGGUCAGGCUUGCCACAAGGUGGCACUCACAGAUUCUGUUUUAUAGUCAGUCUUGAGAAAUAGGGCUUUUAUAUAUGGUUCCUGAACAUAACUGAUGACUUAUGUUUCCAAAUCUGUGUAGCUGAUUUGGGGCCAUUUGGAUAGGGUUACCAGAGAAACUUCCUCUGAAACAAGGAGUAGGGUGCUUUCAUUUUCCUUCUUGUGAUCCUCACGCUAAGAGGGGAGAAACAUGAGGUUAUUUAGGUGCGGUAGUUGCUGUGGGAAGAAGGAAUGGAUUUUCCAGCAGAGCUGUGGGCAAAGCCCAGAGCCAACAGCCACCAUAGAAAAGGAGGCUAGACUGGCACACAAGAUUUCUCACCCUUCUCAGAAGUUACUGUGUGGAUUUGACUCUUCAUUCUCUUGAGUCAGCCCUUAGUACCCUUUCCCGAAGACUGACAGUGGUGACCUCGAAUGAGAUAUUUUAGGGCAGGCAUAUUAUAAAAGAAGUAUUUAUUGCAGUGUAUGUUCAUCAGAAAUGAGUCUAAAGAAGGAGUAAAAAAUCAUCCAUCUUCCCUCCAUCUAGAAAAGAGCUAACCUUUGCUGGGAUGUCCACAAAUUUCCUUCACUAUUUAAAAAUGCAUGAAAUACAAACAGAAUUCAGAGUCAUGUAUAUAUAGACUGUGACAUCCUAUUUUUUACCCCUCACUUAACGUGGUACCACAAAUAAUUAAUUUCCUGUGCCCCUCAUCUUUGAAAGUAGAUUCCUAGUGACUCUUCCAUAUUUCAGUUGUCCAUUCCCACACUGUUGAAAUUUUGGUUAUUUCAGAUCUUUUGUUAAUGUCAGUGAUACUGUGUUGAACUGUCUUUUGUAUAAAUCUUUGACUAUAUCUUUGAUAAUUUACUUAGGAUAGAAUUCUAGCAAUUGGAUGGAGCAGAGGGGUCUCACAUUUCUGGAGUGAGUACCAAUUGAUAACACCUUUUAGGAGCAUAUAUCAAGGGAAUGCUUCUCUCUAACCCUUUAGCUCGUGUCCUGGUACAUUUACUGAGCCUCCAUGUGAACAGUAGUGAGAGGACAGGGUCAUGGCAAGGGCCUCUGAUUGUACCCGGAUCAUUGUGUUUCUAUGCUUAGUCUUCUCUCUGCUUCCCCUUUAUCUCUCAUCCUUUAUUGACUCAUUUCCCCUUGUAGUCAGUGUUUUUUGGAAACACUAUUUUAAAAUAAAAACUUAAAAGUUACAGACAGGUCUUUUUUGUGUGUAUGAUACACAGCAGUGAUUUGCCAUCCUAAAGUGAACAAGGCACAAUGUUCAGGGAUUUGUUGCUUUUUAAGAGUGCAGCCAUAAGUUACUUAUUCUUAUCCAUGUCACGGAUGGAGAUCAGAUGACAAAAUGUGUUCUGUUGAAAUAAAGCCAUUUUAAUCCCUCAUUUUAGACUCGUAGGAGCCCAGCAGGCAGAAAGAGCUUUUAUUCAGCUUCCUUUCCUACCUGUUAGUGUGGGGCCCUAACAUUUGACUAUAGUCUGAAUUCUCAGUUUACCUUACCUCUCUGAGUUUUUCAUUCAUUCGUUGAUCAUUUCCUUCUUUUUUUUUUCCUUCAUCAUGUCUCAUCAUCAUGCUAUCACUUUUUACUGUUAAAGAAGAUAGUUUCUUGGUUUGCUAGUUUACUAAUUAUUACAUAUUUUAAAAGAGUCCUUCUUUUUGAUCUUUUGUCUUGUCUGUUGCUAAGUGGACAUUUUUAGAAUGCCUGAUCUUUCAGGAAUACAGUGGGAAUCAGUUUUUCUUGGAUGAGAUAAGCUGAAAGAGGGUGUAAGAAUGACAUUGCUGUGAUGAACUCUUGAUCUGAAUAAUGUAAAUAUAAUACGUAGUCCCCAGAAUACUUUUGCUUUGGAAGUCAGUGAUAUACUUUAACUAUUCACCAAGUUACCUCCUCAUGCUGAAGCCUUAUACCUUCUUCUUGUCCCCAGUCCUAGAACAGUUUCAUGUCCAGUGAUGGUCUGGGGCUUACAUGCAGCUGGGUAGCUUGCUUGUUCCAAUUACCUAUCCUACCAGCCUGGUAGGAGAUGUUUUAGUCACACACACACACACACACACACACACCCCGCCUUUUGCUUGAGGCACCAAGACCCUCGCUUGAAUGCCAGCAUGUUAUCUGGGAAAGUGGGAAGUACAUUAGACUAGUAUUUCCAUCUAACGAGGUCUGUCUAUAUAGCCCACUCUUGUUGGAGGUCCCUAGAUACUGUGGGUAACUAGACCAAAUGGGUAAUCAUUUGAGGGAUAACCAGGAAUUGACUUCCUUUGCGCAGGAAUAGGGAAUAUCAAAGGACCUGGUUCACACAUCCUGGGUUGCAUCCUCUUCAAAUGUAGUAUACACUGCCUUACAAGGUCAUUUUCUGCUCUGAAUGGAAGUAAUUUCCCUGCCUUCCAGACUGAAUCCAAAGCAUUUACCCUCCUUCUAGCUUCCUUAUUUGUUAUUAAUUCUUGCAUUUUCCUCUUGCUAAGUGGGUAGUCUGUUGCCUUUUCUGCCUGCAUAAGCUCCAAAAGCUGCUGAGUUUGGAGUCAGCAUUAAUAUAAGCAUGAUGUGUGGUCCAGAAUAUUCCUGAGUUGGAGAGGCUACUUUUACUCUACUCCUGCUUCCCAAAGAUCUCCCUUUUCAGGCUUCAACAUGCUGGGGCAGAGUUGGGAUUCUGACUCUCCAGGCCACCAGUGUAUCCACUAAGUCCUGGAUAAGAACCAAACAUUUGAGCUUAGUAAGCUAACAGCUGAAAAGAAAUGGGAGAUUAAGAUAUGGGUAGUUUUAAAAGAGAUAUGUUUAUUUGGUUCAUGGGUUGAUGGGGUUAUAGCCCAUGGGCUUAACGUUCUAUUUUGCUUUUCCCUGUACUCAGUUCUAUUGUGUGUUAAAGGAUCAGAGGAACAGGCUGGUGACCUAGGUUUUGGUUCUGGCCAUUACCUGUGUAUCUUUGGACUAAUCACUUAACUUUUCUGGGCUCCUUUCUUUACCAAUAUAGUUAGAAGUUAAGAUCAGAUGUGCUUUAAGGACCCUCCUAGCUGUAGCAUUCAGCAAUACAUCCCACUGUUUCUUAUGUGGCACUUUCCCUUGGAAGCCGUGUACCUUCUGCUUCAUCGUUGCACACCCUCAUCCCGCCCCCAGCUCUGGGAAUGGAGACUAUGCACGGAAAGGGGGGGAAUGAGGGAAGCAGGAUGCCACACCAUGUCCUCCUGGCCUCUUUGAGUAGAGAGAAGCCUGGUUCCUCCAUCUGGUGUUCCACCUGAGGUCAAAAUAUACUUCUCACCAGAGAUGUGCUGUCUGUGGCCUUAGGAACUCACAGUUCACUAUUCAGCAAUAAAGAAGGAAGAGAAAUUUGUAUCUUCAGUUUCAUUGCUUGUGCUGUAAGGUUUAACAAGAGAUAAGCACAAAAUGGAAAUGAGGCAAGUUUGCCAAGUAUUGUAGAUGGGAAGAUACUGAGAAAAAAGGAAUGAGUGUUUCUCAUUUUAAGGAUAGGAGAAAUUAAAACUAUACUAUAGAGGACUGAAUAGAAUUAGGUACUUUAAAAGGAAAACAUUAAACCAAUGAGUUAAAAAUAUUCUCUCUUUUUAUGUUGUCAUGACUGCCUAAGAAAAUUUGAGGGAUCCAGUGUUAACACAUUGUUACCCAUCCAUAAGUCCUAAAACAUGAUCACCUCACAGGGAGACUGGGAAGUUUCUGGGGCCUGCAUCUUGUAUAACCCUGACUGGUCUUGGACUUUGUCCCUCUUACCUUUGGCAUCUAUAAGACAGACAUGCAUAAAAUAUAGUUUAUAUUCUAUAAACUGCUGAAAGACAUUUCUGUGUAUCUAUAUCUGUUCCCUAUAACCUGACAAAAAAUAUGUUUCCCUGUUCCUUUUUGCACUUCGUUCAGUCCCAAAGAGGGUGUUGGUGUAUUUUCUUUGUGUAGCACAUACUUCAGCAAUACUUAGCAUAUUUGCUAAGUAUGCUAAGCUUGCAGCUCUUUUUAUAAUAGUUACCCAGAUACAGACAUGAGCCCCCAUUUUCUAUCAAAUUAGGGUCAUUUUGUUGCAUUUUGUUGCAGUUUAGUUCCAGAAAAAGUAACCAGAUAGCCAAAAGGGAGGUUAAAGUAUAUUUCUCUGCCUCUGAUGGAUGAACCCUAACGUCAUCUAAGAUUCUGACAUCUUCCAUCAUAUCCCGUAGAGCCAACUAGAGUCCCAGCAAGCUAGCUUGGUUUUUUUAAAUUAAAGUAGGUAUGUAUGGGCCCUGGAGGUUUGGUAGGCCUGAGCUGUAGUAGCAUACAUGCAACUUCCUCUGAGUUCUUGGAUGCAAUGAGCAGGACUAAUGUUGGCUCCAAAAAGGGACAGAAGAUGGCUUGGGGUUAGUUUUUCUUUUUUUAAAUGUUACACAAGUGCAGAGCAGUUGGCUGCUGUCCCCCUCUCAAACCAUCAGCAGAGCUUGACCUUGGCCAAGAUUUUGCCUCAUCUUCUCGGCAUCUCAGCACAGAGUUGCGUUUCAGCCAUGGAAUGCUUAACCAAAAGCACAUGCUGUAGUGAUGGUUUCCAAAGAGCAAGUUUUUGCAGAAAGUCUACACCGUGUUGUCUUCUCAAAACCCUAGUAUUCUCUGAACCACCUACCCAAUAAACCCCAAAUGGCGAUUCUUUGACUCUUUCUUUCUUCGCAAAGGCUAAGCUUUUUGAUGUUAAUAAUACUUUAUUGAAGCACAGUGUAAUGAACAUACAGUGAAGUACAAAUCUUGAGAGUACUCUG